AUGACCCCAGCUAUGCGAGGGAAAGUAAAGAGCAUGAUCAUGGAGGUGGACGAGCAUGUCCACACCUUAACUGAGACCUUUGAGCCCCAUGCGCCCGAGGCUCGCCCAGGCGAUUGGUUACUGGACCGCUUUGUGGACUGUCUCCACUUCAACGAGCGUGAUCCUACCCAGGAUAGGCGCCCAUAUCUUGACGAGCUCAUUGCCAAAGCGAGGGCCGAUCCUUUAGCAGUACUGGCUGCAACUGAUGGCUCUGUCCCUCAGUCCAACCAGUAUCAGACAGCUUCGGCUGCCAUCAUCUACAAGGGACAUCGCAAGCUCAAAAGGACUCGCUAUGUCUCUGGCAGAGUUACCGCCCUAGAUGCGGAACUCAAUGCCAUUGCAUGCGCAGUGUGCCUUGCUGUCAAGCAGGCAAACUGCCAGCAUAUUAUGGUCUUUACUGACUCUAUGGGCUCGGCCCAUACAGCAGUUGACCCCUCCAUGCACUCUGGCCAGGCUUUCACGGUGCUCAAUGGCAGCCUGCUCGCUAUCUACAAACACGUACGCUACACAGCCUGGUUACUAAGUUAA